CUACUUCUUCUGCCAAAAAAGGUAAGGGCGUUAAGACGAGCAACGACAAGACUACGAGUAAGACAGCCAAAGGCUCUGCCUCCUCAUCAACAACGACGAAGAAGGACAACAACAGCAACAACGAAAGCCACAGUGCCAAAAAGGCUUCGCAGUCCAAGCCCAAGAGCAAGACCAACCCCGGCAAGGAAGCAAAUGGGCAGGCG